AUGGCUAUGCGGCUAGCUGUGGCCCGGCCAUUGGGCGCCGUCGCGCGCUCCACGAGCUGCACCCGCGCUGCAGCCCGCACCUUUGCCUCGACGGCACUCCGGGCGAAAGAAGUUGCAGGCGAGAGCAAGGAGACGCCAAACAUGCGGUAUGCCCCGCGCGACGCCCAAGGAAAGCUCAAGGCCGCCAUUGUCAACCCGGCAGACAAAUAUAAAGAGAAGGGCGAGGCGCUGCACAAGUACGGACAGUACCUCAUGUCAUGCUUGCCCAAGUACAUCCAGCAGUUCUCGGUCUGGAAGGACGAAUUGACCAUCUACAUUCCUCCUGCGGGUGUCAUUCCCACUUUCACCUUCCUCAAGUACCACACUGCAGCCGAGUACACUCAGAUUUCCGACAUCACAGCCGUAGACUACCCCACCAAGGAUCAGCGCUUCGAGGUCGUCUACAACAUGCUCAGCAUCCGCCACAACUCACGCUUGAGGGUCAAGACAUAUGCAGAUGAGGCGACGCCAGUACCCAGUCUGUGCGAUCUCUAUGACGGCGCCAACUGGUAUGAGCGCGAAGUGUACGACCUUUUCGGUGUCUUCUUCGUUGGCCACCCCGAUCUGAGGCGCAUCAUGACCGAUUACGGCUUCGACGGGCACCCACUGCGAAAGGAUUUCCCCAUGACCGGUUACACUGAGAUCAGAUACGAUGAGGAGAAGAAGCGAAUCGUUGUGGAGCCUCUGGAGAUGACCCAGGCUUUCAGGAACUUCCGUGGCGGUUCAUCAGCUUGGGAGCAGGUCGGUCCCGGAGACGACCUCAAGCCUGAAUCCCCGGAGCCACCGAAGGAGGGCGAGCAGAAGAAAUAG